AUGAGACUGUGUGUCUGGCAGCCCCAAUGGAAAUGUACUGAAGAUUGGACCACAGUGUGCAUCUCAGAUCGACCAUGGAAAUGUUCUAGCUCCCAAAUCAGCACCAUCAGUUCUGAUCUUUGCGAAUCAAUCUGCUACAAGACCGAUGUUCGCAGUAUUGACACUUUUUGCCACAAGUUAUCUCCAGAGGAAUGUUCCAGUGGCCAGUUCUAUGAAAGCGACAAACAUGGCAAUCGAAGACACUGUGAGAUGUCUGGACGUUGUCGGACGUCAUCCUUCUGCCCUGCUGAAAACGCCACCUGUCCCGGCAGCACGUUGUUUGACCAUGGAGCGCCUCAGGCUCCCAGGGAUGGGAACGUGACGGCUGAGAUGUUGUCUCUGUGCCGUUCUAUGUGUUACAAGACGAACACCGUGGUUUCAGGUUUGUCUUGUGCUGACCUGAGCUCGGCGCAUUGCAGCAGCGGGCAGUUUUACGAAACGGAUUGGCAUGGUGUUCGGCGCUUAUGUGUUCCUCUUGGAGACGAGUGUACAGCAGAUUCAUCGCAUUCCUGUCCGCGAUCCAUAGCCCUUUGUUCAGAUGACUUGAGCCAGAAAUCUCUGCGCCGCUCCAGUGGGAAUGAAACACCACCAGUCCCCACAGAGAAUUCGUCCAUGCAGUUCCAGAAAGCCUCAGCCCCGGUUGGGGAGGCCCCGGUGGUUCCAGCCUUUUGUUUUUCGCUGUGCGAAAAGACCAACACCCGCAGCAUGAAUGCCUCCUGUCAAGACCUUCCGGCGGCGUCCUGCGAGUCGGAGGAGUUUUAUGAAACGGAUCAUGAUGGAAGCAGGAGACUUUGCCUUCAAAAGGGCGGCAAAUGCAUCACAGACCUCUCCGCAGUUUGCGAGGAGCAUUUUCCCAUCUGCAACGUCUCAGCUGCACCAAGUGCCCAAGCUGAAGCAGCAGAUGAGUCUGAGCACUGCUUGUUGUAUUGCGACAAAAUCAACACCAGGAGCAGGGGGCAAUCCUGUGAAGCACUGUCUUCCUCUGAGUGCCUGAGUGGGAUCUUCUAUGAGAGCGACCACGAUGGCAACCGCGCCAUGUGUAGCUACGCUCCGUCGGGCUGCACCGGCAACGUCUCCACGACCUGCAGGGCGGAGCAACCCAUCUGCCAUGGGGCGGACGCGGCCACGAAGCCCAAAGGACCAAGGGGCCAGAGUUCAUCCGUGGUCAGAUCCAGCAAGUUUGCAGUGCACUCUUAUGGAAGUGCUUCACCCGCAGCGAAUGAAGCCUUUGGCGGGCCCCCGGCAGUUGAGAGUUUGCACAGUUGUGCCUCGAUCAUCAGUUUGAAAAUGUUCUUGACAAAUUUGGCGCUGGUGGCGAUUUGUACUUCGACAUACUGA